CCGAAGCUAAAGCGAGUUCUCGUGCGUAGGGAACAGUAUAGAUGUCGUAUCUCCACACACAUCAAGCCACAGCCAUGAAACAGGAGAGAGUAGGGACUGAAGUGGGGGCACGGAGCCGCCAACCAGGGGAAACCGAGAUCAGUGUGUUCCAGACUCUGAAGCAGUGCACGAGUGCCGUCUAUUCGUCCCGCAUUAUAAUUGCAGCUUUGAAAGUUGAAUUUUGGAUAUCAUUCUGGAUUGAUUUUCUUCUGUGCGAGAACUCCGAGAUUUAUCUACGAACCGAGUGGCGCAGUGCUUCAAAAUCAAUGGUGGUGCACGAAUCAAGAGGAAUGCUCACGAACGGAAGCCAAUAUUUGUCGCACGACUAUCCUCCACCCUUGUUGGACACCAAAAAGAGUCCCUUGGCCAUGCUAGCGCAGACGUGCAGCCAAAUCGGGGCCGACUCGCCGGCCAGCGCCAAGAGCCUGCUAGACAAGUCGAAGAAAGACGCGCUCAACUCGGCGGCGAACGCGCUCUCCUCAUCCGAGCGCGCGCCCAGCGCCAAGUCGGACAAAACAGCCAGCCGCGUCUCACCGCCCUGCGUCACCGAAAUCACCAGAAGCACCCCAAUGGUGUUCAAGCCCUACGAGAACAUCCCUGUGUCCAAGCCGGUGGCGGAGAAGCCCUCGCAGAGCCCCGACUCGGGCAAAAAGUCCCCGACGAGCCCGUCCAAAUCGAGCCGCAAGUCGCCCCCCGCCAAGCACUCCAGCAAGGAGAAGGAGGGCGCCAGCCCCAUCAUCCGCUCCGGCAUGGAGAUGCUGCAAGGCGCAAAGGAGCCGUCCGGCUCGCCCUACAAGUCCCUCCCCGUCAACCACUACAUAGAAGGCAACCCCGCGUUCCGGGCGCCGGCCCUGCCGUGCUACCCACCCGGCUACCUCCCCGGCUACAUGCCGCCCUACUACCGCAAGGACGCGUCUGCGGUGUGCAAGGACCCGUACUGCACGACCUGUCCAGUGUCCGCGUCGCAGCACGCGCAGCUGCUGGCCGCGGUGGCCGCCUCGGCGCAGUGCCCGGCGGGCUGCGCGCACUACGACCACAACAAAUACGACCUGGCCGCCGCCCUGUCGCUGAUGCACCCGUCCAUGGCCGCGCUGUACCAGCAGCCGCCGCCCCAGGCAGCAUCCGGCGGCCCCCGAACCGUCACGUGCAGCAUGAUGGUCGGCGACAACUACUGCGGCAAGCCCUGCAAAUCCCCCGACGAGCUGAUCCAGCACCUGCGCUCACACGCGGGCCCCUACGCCGCCGACCUGCUGAGCCCGCACGCCAUGAUGCGCUACCCCAAUCCACCCCUGAGCCCGUUCUCGGCCGUCGCCAGGUACCACCCUUACGCCAAGCCAGGCGCCAUUCCUAGCGGCCCUUUCAGUGCUUUCAAUCAGCCACCCCUGUCUGCCUACUACCCUCAAUUCACCUUCUACUCACCCCGAGCAGGCACCUCGGCUGUUCAACCGUAGAGAAAUCCGAUUCUGGCGGUGGACUACCGUAAACAACGGCGAAGAUUCGACCAGCUGAUCGAAGGACGCUUUUCAUGGCGAGGGCGUCGCCUCCACACCACAGCGUCCCCGAGUUGAUGGUUCACCAGGGCUCAACAGGACGGAGCACUGGAGACGAAGAUCCCUGGCGGCUUCCGGAAGCGUGCAUUUGACUGUUAAUGAUGGAGAUUCUCCAGGAGAGGGUCCGUCAUAUUUGGCAUGGCUACAAGCAGUGAGUGGCCGACGGCAAUUGGUACAUUUCAACCAGAUGCAAUUUUGCAAAAAAGUUCAGCUGGUGAUCAAGGGUGUGCCUGUGAUUUAAUUAGUCUUGUACAUAUAUAUCCAACAUUUUCGCGCGGCAUGUCACGAAUUUGGCACGCUGUAAACUUUUAAGUUGUGUCUUUUUAAUUCUACUCGAAUAAAUCAACCAAUUUUACAAAGAA